ACGUCCAACACAUGACUAUUUGCGGUUUUUAAACCUGUUUUAUUUGGAAGUGUCUAUGUCAAGAAUAUGGCACAUCCUGCGUGUGGAAAAAAGCUUACAGAUCGUAUUAAUUUUGGAAUAGCACUCGAAGGAGUACCGGACAAUUUGGCACCAUUCGUUCAUGAUUCCACAAGAAAACGCCAAGGAAUCGAAGAAGCUUUAAAACAAGCUGAUGGAUCGAGUGAAACAGUUGUGAACACUCUGAGGGAAUAUGUUGUUAUGAACACCACAUUAAAAAGCAUACUACAGAAAGUCAAAAGUUUCUCUCGACUCAGAUUUAAGUGGUCUAACAUUAUGGAUGAUGAUGAAAAAACUGUAUCCAGUAAUGUAGAUGAAGAUAUGGCAUCCAUGAUGUUAGCAGCUGGAAUAUGGCACAUAGAGCAUGCUCAUCUUGUCAAUGGGAGCAUUACAAAUGAAGAUGAAGAUGAAGAGAAAAUGAAACAAAGCCUGAAUUCCCUAAAGACAGCAGCAAGUAUAUUUGAGACUGCAAAAUCCUGGGCAAGUCUGAUCCAAGGAAGCAAAGAUCUUACUGUUCCAAUACUGAGUGCAUUAUAUCUUCAGUCACUUGCUGAGGGACAGACUGUCACCAUCAGAAGAGCUGUCAGUAAAGACCACAAGGCUUCCCUCAUCAGUGAACUCUGUCAUGAUGUAUCACAGAAGUAUACUGCUGCAGCUGGAGAAGUUGAUGCUUCACAUCAUGAGGGACAAAAAUGGUCGACAUACUUAAGGUUUCAAGGUGAGACAUACAUGGCAUUGGCAAGAUGUUACCAGGGUGUUCAUCUGUUGGAGACUGAAGAAAAGUGUGGCGACUCUAUUGUGGUGUUAGGUGAGGGAUUCAAACACUUAAGUCAAGCCACUCAUCUUUCUAAAGAAUAUGAUAAAAUUAAACCAAAGACCAAACUUCACUUGGCUGAAUCUGCACAAUUUGAAAAGGUAAAAAAGGUGUUAAAUGAAAAGAAAGCAAAGAGUGAUAGAGAAAAUAACUUGAUAUAUCACCAGAAAUUGCCUGAGGAAUGCCCACCUCCCUUGGAUCCUAAAUGCGUGGUCCACGUGACUGCUCUUGAACUACCAUCUGGAGAGGAUCACACUCUAACCGUCUUGGAGACCUCAGACGUAGCUCAAUCCGAAGGAGAGGUGGAGGCGGGCGCGCUGGAUGCAGAUGGUAAAUCGUCUCCGAGACAAUCGCAAGAAAAAACAGCCACAAGUAAUUACACAGAAGAUAGCAAAGAUGAUGACGAUAUGAACUCGCCAUGCGCAUGUCAGAGAUGGCUUUUUACCACCUUACUCAUGCCAAUAUUUGCUGUUUUAUCAGUUAUUGGAUUCGUUCUUGUUGUUUUACUCAUGCCGUUUCGUUUAUGUUGUCCUCAAGGUGGAGUUUACACCAAUGUUGUAACAUUUAUAUUUGAAGUAUUUAUAAUGGCUCCCUGUCUCGCAUGCAAGUGGGCAAGAGGUAAAAGAACACCGCAAGCUAACUCUGCCUCGAAAAAGCCUCGCUAUGGUGGAACAGAUGAUUUGGAGCUUGGCGACAAAUGACGAACGCUGCAGUACGUUUUCUGCGAAAUUAAAUCUACGAACAUGUCUAAUUUUCGCUUCCUGCAAAUUUUUUUCAGGCCGCAAUACCAAAGGGAGGGUUCUGAAGGAGAAAAUUAAUCCUUUACACCCUAACAUCAGUAUGCAUAUUCUCCAAUCUUUUUUUUUUGUCGUUUUCUAAGGUGAUGACAAGGAGAAUUUGUUUAACAAUCAAGGGCUUCUUCGGUUGAUCACCAUUUAUUUUAUUGUUGUGAUCUUUAUGUUUGAUUCAGGGCUGAUUUUGUACGGAGAAAUCAGAUGCAAGGUACCCUUAGGGUGAAAAGGGUUAGUGGAGACGUGGGACUUGUCCACUCUACGUGAGGAAAAUGGAAUGGGUAGCUCUUCUUUUUCUUUACCACGGGAAUGCUUUCUCAUGCGCUAGUGUCCUUUGCAACUGAAUUACCCCUCUACAAUGCAAGUAAAGUCAGAUAAAAGAUCUAUUUUAUUUCACCAAAUUGUGCCUUGCCACUGAAACAAUCAGAACGGGUCGUCAUUAAUAUUUUUAACCUACUCUGUGCCACAGCAUUGUUUACGGAAGAGGUUCUUAAAUCAGGGUUGGGAGACACGAAGGGCACCCAGCACUUCUGGAAGCACGUCCUUAAUCGACAAACAUAAAAUACAUGAAGUGAGCAAGUUACCAAUAAGUCUGCCCGCCAUCAGCCCUUCCCUUCUGGCCUGAAAUCUAUUAAGUAAUGAAACUAACACAGAAACAGUACCCUUCCUGGGUGUGCAGAGGGGAUUGGUGUGAAGUGACAACUAACAAAAAUGUCCCCUUCGCAUCGUAUGCUAAAAUGGUUGAAAAAAGUGAAACAAUUGCUCUGAAAAACUUUGAAGAAACGCCAAGGAAACCGGCAAUGUAAUCCCGUACCAGGUACUUGACGAGCUAACUGAAGCAGAGUAGUGUGUUACAGUGACAGGGCAUGGCCCAAGGGACCCUUUCCUCCACCAAAAAAGAUUUGUUCUCAUUGCUCCUUCAUUAACACUAUUAAAGAGGAUCUUUGCGGAGGCGAGAGAGAGAAAGGGUUGAUCGCUUGCUUAAAUGUAAUUGUAUUGUUCAGCUUGCACAAAUUUUUGCACUUUUUAAGUCAACGUGGGUCGCAAGUCGCGCGCGCGGUGGGCCAAUGCACGUUCUACUAACGUGUGAUCUCCAGUUGUCACUGCUCACCAACGAAACGCUCACAAGAAAAACCCAACAAACAAACAACAGCUGCAAAUUCGCGCUUCUUCUGUAGGUCAUAUGAUGUCAAUGAGUAGAAAAAUAUUGUUACAUGAUGCCUCACUUCCUUUUCACAUUUAAAAUCCUUAGCAAGAGGCUGCAUUAUUUUGAAAAUCCACCUUUAGAGAAUCAAAUACAUAUGUUAAUCCGAGAAACGGGACAUAUCCGUAUCAAGACCCAAAAAUAUUUUUGAAUACAAGGUAAAUUUUCGUUUUUUUAUUUAUUAAAAAUUAAACUGGUACUUAUGUUAUUAAGUUACGUCUGAAGACUCAGAUUGAG